AAACUUGUUUGCCGCAGCCAUUGAUUUGAAGCUCCGAGGAAUUGAGUAAUCGAAUCGAUUCAUCGAUCGAGUGCAAUGCUCGCCAUAGGUGCUGAAUCGUACUCUUUCACGCGACAAUCUGCUCCGAUUACGCCGCUGUAUCGAAUGCAGUAAGUACGCUGGAGUGGAAAGAAUUCAGAUUGGUAGUCUAAUCAAUUAGAGCUCUUCUCUCGCUUGUGGAUUAAGAAGGCGAAGAGCUUUGACCGCUUGUGAGAGAAGAUCUGUCGUCUAAGGUUUUCAAAGAAGCUGAAGAAAAGGAGUGCAGGAUAGGCUUUGGUGGUAUCCAGUUGCAAUGGAUUUGGAGCUUGAAGAGCUGCAGAAGCUUUUUGAGCAAACUCAGAAUGCCAAGGCCAAGGUUCGUCUCUCGGAACGAAAUGUGGUGGAACUUGUGUCCAAGCUCCAGGCGCUCAAGCUCUUGGAUAACGACCUGCUUCAUACAGUCUCUGGAAAAGAGUACAUUACUCAGGACGAAUUGAAGCGUGAGAUUGAAUCGGAAAUCCAGCGGCUUGGUCGAGUUUCACUAGUGGACCUAUCUGGCACUCUUGGUGUAGAAUUGGUACAUUGUGAAAGACAAGCUCAGCAGAUUGUGCAAAACAAUCCCUCGUUAUCUUUGAUGCAAGGAGAAAUUCUUUCUUCCGGUUAUUGGGAUUCCAUUGCAGAAGAAAUCAAUGAGUCGCUGGAAGUCGCUGGCCAGAUUUCAAUAGUAGAGCUUGCGCGUCGGUUUACAGUCGGAGCUGAGCUGAUGACCAAUGUUUUGUCUGCUCGUUUGGGGACAUCGAUCCAUGGAAAGCUGGAAGGGGGUCAGCUAUACACUCCUGCAUUUGUUGCACGGAUUCGGGCGACUGUUCGAGGCGCUGUUCGGGCUAUAAUGGUUCCAACAUCAGUCUCUACUCUCUCCAGCUUUCUUCAACAGCAAAUGCGAGAGGUUGACGAAGGACCUAUUACUAAAGUGACUGCAGAUGGAGGUCUUUUCCAGUCAGUUCUUAAUCAGCUCAUAGCGGAUGGAGAAGUGAAGGGCUCACUUCGAGGUGGAAACGCUGUCUAUACGCCUGCGGUGUUUGCAGGAGCACAGAGGGGUAGUGUGGAAGCAUUCUUCUCGCAGAACGGCUACAUUACUUUUGAUACACUGCGGAAGCUGAAUGUGCCUCAACCGAAGCAAUAUCUACAGGAAAUGUACAAGGAUGGGGUUGCUCUGGAGGAUGUCUUCGUUCACUCUUCACUCAUCAGCCAGUUGGAUGCGGCGGCAGAGGAGGCUAUUGCUGGAAAGUCAUGGUUUGACGUUUUGCCACUGGUACCUUCAUCCAUUGGACCUUCAGAUGCAGAAAAACUGGUGGUACUCUGUCCUACUGUUCAGAAAGCCCUUAAGGAUGGAACCGCUGUUAUUCUGGCUGAUACUUGUGUCCUAAGUGCUACGUUCGUUAAGGAUCUUCUUGAGAAAUUAGAGAAUCUGGCUCGUGAUCUGACCAAGAAAAGGGUGGAAAACAAGAAGUUUAACAAAGUAAGUACUCAGUCUCUUUCUGAAGGAGUCACUGGAAUUUCUACAACAGAUACUGGUACAGAAGAUGCCUCUGGACAGCUCAAAGGAGGAAGACGAAAGAAAGGCAAUCAAAGCAACGGAGCAACUCGACCAGCACCAGAGAUUGAGGCGGUUGUCCCAAAAGAGGGGAAGGGCAAAAGACGGGCUGGUAAAUCAAAGGGAGAGAAGGUUUCUGGAGAAGCGGUCGCUGGUGUGUCGAAGGGGUUCAAAAGCGGAACAGGACCAAACUCAGCAAAUGAUGAGGACAACAUAUUUACUGUGGAGUUUCUGACUUCUAAAAUUCUGGAGUGGUUUCCAGACUUGGAAAGUGCGGGAAUCGCAGAAGAAGAAGUAGAAGAAGGCAUUCUUGUAAAAGCCUUAGCAGAUUUGCUCAAACCCAAGGUGAUGGCUGCAGCAAUACAUGCAAAACAGGCAUUGUUCUCAGCCCAGGCAGAAGACCGUCGACGUCGCCUGGACACCUUGCAGCAUAAAAUCGACGAGAUCUAUUCGAAUUUCCAGCUGUUUUCCAAGGCACUUAACCUUUUCGAAGACAAUGAAAAAACUGGAGUGUUGCUGCAUCGACAUCUCUUGCGGACAACAGGAGCUGAAUUAGUAGAUUUAUUUCUGAUUGCCCAGGCAGAAGACGAUAUAGAUGAUAAAGAAGUGGGCAUAACAGCUACCAAAGAAACAGAGCUCUUGAACACCUCUCAGAGAACGGCCAUGGCUAAGUCUCUGCCAGCGCGCAAUUUAUCUUCGAAGGCUUUGGAGCUCGUUGAAAGUUUGGAAGCGAAGAAUGUGGAUGCUUUUGAAAGGACAUUCGAAGCUGCUGUGACUGAGAGUGGCUUGCGGGUGAAGAAGCUUGACAAAAAAUCUGAGAGGGCCUUGAUGUUCUCCUAUCGUAAGGGUCUGACAUCACAAGUUGGGGAUGAGACUGAUUCUGUAGCAUUGUUACCAAAAGUUGUGGGCCUUCUAUUUGUUCAGGUUCAUAGUCGUGCUCUCCAGGCACCAGGCAGGGCUAUGUUAGCAGCUAUCAUGCGACUAAAGGGAUCGAUUCCUGAUGAAUUGUUUGAGGUCUUAAUGGCGUAUCACAACGGCACCGUGCAGCUUCUAUCUUUGCAGACCUCGGCCAACUUAGAGGAAACUGAUGCUUCUAAUGAGACUAUCACGAAACAAGAGGAGUUAAAGACGCUUAUUCCUCAGUUAAAGUCGAUGGUAUUACCAUCUUCGUCAUCUGCUUCGACCACUAACGACAAGCAACAACAAUGACGCUCUGCCUUAAGAGCUCAUCUGUAUCUGGAUCAAAGUAUACUUCUUCGGGAGAGGAACAAAAGAAAAAAGGCCUGCUUCUACACGACCAUCGGGGAACUAAAAUUCAUGCGCCAUUCAUAUUAGCUGAACACAGAAAGGUACCAUAGAAAAUGAUCGUUUGCUGCUGGAGUGCGAAGUCGUUUUAAAGACAUCUCGUGAAGCGGGUCUCCGUGGUCGCCACUAGCACUUCAUUUAAACUGGCAUGCAUACCUUUCGCAGAUGACAUGGCUUUUUCUUGCUUGCUGGGACUUUUACUGGGUUGAUUAUACCCUCGAUCAACACAUCCUUAAACUUCAUCCAUUAAUCCUAAGUGUUUUUCUUCUUCUUUCUUCCCCUUGUUCAUUCAAUUUUUUCUUUUAUUUCCCUUCGUGACUAGACGUUGUUUUGUGUGGAUCAAAUGUUUUGGACCAAAGAUACUGCAUCUAUUCUUCUACUUCCAA